UUAGGUGUCAGAAGGGUUGGCAGAAAGCCUGAGCAGCAGCAGUCUCAAGGUGAAGGAAAACCUGGUGAAAGGAGGCCAGACAGAAGACCACCACCUCGUGAACGACGCUUUGAUAGACCUGUUGAAGAAAAAGCUGACGGGGGUGAAUUCUCCUCUGAAAGGCCUGUUGAUCGUGACAGACCACUGCGUGGACGUGGAAGAGGUCGUGGCCGUGGGCGUGGCCUGGGAAGGAGUGAUGGUUUUGACUCCCGUGGAAAACGUGAAUUUGACAGGCAUAGUGGAAGCGACCGAUCUGGCCUGAAACCAGAAGACAAACGGGGUGGCAGUGGAUCACACAACUGGGGAACAGUAAAAGAUGAACUUGGUGAACUUGAUCAGUCUGCUGUUACUGAAGAGGCACCUGAGGGAGAUGAGCAACAAGUAGUUGACUCUGAGAACAAGGAAAAUGAAGUAGAAGAGGUUAAAGAAGAAGGUCCGAAGGAAAUGACCCUGGAUGAGUGGAAAGCCAUGCAAGAUAAAGAACGAGCAAAAGCUGAGUUUAAUAUCCGCAAGCCUAAUGAGGGUUGUGACAGCAGUCAGUGGAAGAAGGGUUUUGUUUUGCGCAAACCUAAAACUGAAGAGAAACGUUUUGAAAGCGAGGCAGAUGUCCAUCACUUGGAAUAUACGGUCUCUGCUGAUGAAUCUGUUUUGGAACAUCACUUCCGCAAACCAGCAAAUGAUAUAACUUCCCAGCUGGAAAUCAAUUUUGGUGAUUUGGGCCGCCCUGGCCGUGGCGGCAGAGGGGGGCGAGGUGGCCGUGGACGUGGUGGCGGCAGGAGCAUCCGUGGAAUGAGGCCUGACAAGUCAAGCAUCACCGUUCCAAAUGUUGAUGAUCCAGAAGCUUUUCCAGCCCUGGCCUAAGUGGAUGUUGUCAGCCUGGCCUGAAGUCCUCGGGGAGGGGGGCCCCUCAAUGAGGCUUGCAUGCUUAAGGAACCUGUCUCAACUAUAUUAACGGAAAAAAAAGGAAAAAAAGAACUGUCAUCCAUGCUGUUCAUACCUACGAACUGUCCACUGGAAUUGUUGAAAUGGACUUCUCUUGCUACACAGAAGCAACAAAUGUUGGUAGCUGGUUUUAUAUCCACAAACAAAGUAAAUGGUAGCAGAGGGAAAAAAGCUGUUUUCAUAAUAAAUUUUCAGAAAUUA